CUUCAAUUGUCCAAGAAAAACACAAAUCUAUAUAUCUUUCUUGAAAAUUAUACAUACAUAUAUAUUGUAUGUAUCUAUAGGUGAAUUGAAAAGUUGAAUGAUGGAGCCAUUGAUGAAGCUAUGGAGCUUUGAUCCUGUGGCAUGGAGGGGUUUCUUGUUUUCAGCAUUGAUACUCAACUUUAUAUUCGCCUGCCAACUUUUUUUCCUUCAACCCCUCGUAUCUGCUUUAGACACCAAACCUGGUGAUGCUGCUGCAUUGUUUGAGAGAGUUCCACAAAAUGUAAAAGUUAAGAAAUACAGUGAGGCACUUAAUGAUCUAAAUUCAGCCAUAGAGGCAGACCCAGCACUUUCAGAGGCGUAUUGGCACCGUGCAUCUCUCCUUCGUCAGUUGUGCAGAUACGAGGAAUCGGAAACAAGCUACAAAAAGUUUCUGGAGAUGAAACCAAGAGACUCAGCUGCAGAGAAGGAGCUUUCUCAGAUGCACCAAGCUAAGAGUGCUCUUGAUUCAGCUACCAACCUGUUGGACACAGGUGACAUUAAAAAAGCAUUGGAGUAUAUUGAUAAAGUCGUACUAGUUUUCUCUCCAGCAUGCUCCAAGGCCAAACUCCUUAAGGUGAAGCUAUUACUAGCAGAUAAAGAUUAUUCAGGUGUCAUAUCCGAGGCGGGGUUUAUACUUAAAGAGGAUGAGGAUAAUCUGGAGGCUUUACUUCUACGAGGCCGUGCCUACUACUAUCUGGCUGAUCAUGAUGUUGCCUUAAGGCACUACCAAAAAGGUCUUCGUUCAGACCCAGAGCAUGGGGAAUUGAAGAAAGCCUAUUUUGGCUUGAAAAACUUACUUAAAAAGACUAAAAGCGCAGACGAUAAUGUAAGUAAAGGUAAAUUUCGUCUUGCUGUGGAGGAGUACAAAGCAGCCCUGGCGUUGGACCCCAACCAUUCUGCACAUAAUGUAAAUCUUCAUCUUGGUUUGUGCAAAGUCUUGGUGAAGCUUGGAAGGGGGAAGGAUGCUAUAUCAAGCUGUUCAGAAGCCCUUGAACUUGAUGAAGAGCUUAUUGAUGCUCUAGUGCAGAGGGGUGAAGCCAAGCUUCUAACAGAAGAUUGGGAGGGAGCUGUUGCAGAUUUGAAAGAAGCAGCUGAAAAAUCUCCUCAGGAUAGGAAUAUUCGUGAAGUGCUGAUGAGGGCUGAGAGAUCAUUAAAAUUGAGUCAACGGAAGGAUUGGUAUAAGAUAUUGGGAGUGUCAAAGACAUCAUCUGUAUCAGAGAUCAAAAAGGCAUACAAAAAGCUUGCUCUGCAAUGGCAUCCUGACAAGAACGUUGACAACAGAGAAGAAGCAGAAGAUAAGUUUCGUGAAAUAGCAGCUGCAUAUGAGGUUCUCGGGGAUGAGGAAAAACGUACACGAUAUGACCAAGGGGAAGACAUUGAAGACAUGGGUUCAGGGAUGGGUGGUGGAGGAUUCAACCCAUUCGGUGGAGGAGGGCAGCAGUACACAUUCCACUUUGAAGGGGGAUUUCCAGGUGGAGGCGGUGGGGGAGGGGGAUUUGGCGGAUUCCAUUUUUGACCUCCAUGGCGUUCGUUUGUACUCCUCUCAUGGUUGCUGCAAGGGAUGCAUAGCAUAAAGUACAGUAGGUUCUUCUUAUACUCAUUCCCAAGAAGUUUUUGCUUUGCAGAUACCAUUUUUUUUCUCCCUUUUUUAGCCGUAGCUUUAAGGAGAAUUAUUUGGAUCAAUUAAACAGGUCCAUUUUGUAACUUGCUAACUGAUGUAGUUACAUUCUCAAAUAGUGUUAUUCUGAAACCAAGUUAAAUGAUUC